ACGACUUAUUUAGGUGGAAAUGUACUUGGUUGUCUACUUAACUACGAUAGUAAAGAGGCGUCGUAUGUAUUUUAAACACGUUUUUUUUGCUUUUUUGCUUACGAGUUAUUGAUUCCGGAAGUUCGAAUCUGUGAUUAUAUUUCCAACUUGGCCGUAAACGCCAUUAAUAACGGUUAGUGCGGCAUAUGUGCAUUGUAUAACUCCAGUCUUACCAUUGUAUUGAAGUGUUUGCCCGGCUGGAAUAUGUCAAUAGUGAAGUCUUGAGGAACUAUUAAACGCAUCGUGCGCCUAGCUGGUCGACUCCGGUUCGCUGGACUCGGGUUUUGAAUUACCGCUGUUGAUGAUGAUAUUGUUGCUGUUGCUGGGUGCCUUUGUUUGUACGGGCUUCUCAUAUUAUGAGGAUACGUAUGAGUGUGACUAUGGGGAAACAUUCAGCAUACUGCUGCUCAGAAAUGCUCAGUCCAUUGAAUUCAAACCUAAGCACAACUCAAAUGUGACAAUCUUGUGGAGACAUGAUAACCCUCAAGCCAUAGAGGACCGUAGGCAUACGGUGAUAGGUGCCUACUAUGCGAUUUUUAAUGUAACCCAGAAAGACAGUGGCCGCUACAUAAUGAGAGACAAAGAUCAGAAAAUACUGUCUACAAAGAUCUUUGAGGUAGUAGCAAACACGAAAGCCUAUUCACGGAAUCCUGGUGGAAGCCUCCACUUCAUUUUUCACCUGGAACCGAACUCCUGCAACAUUUACUUCUUCCCAGAAAGUGACCAUGAAAUGGGAGGGACAGAGAUAGUUCGUCAAGGCAGACUGAAAGAGGGUUUGGAUGAACGUGAUUGCACAUUUUUUCAUCUGUUAAAGCCAUGUGGGAUUUUAAAUGACGACCUCAAAAUGUCAUGCAGCGGACGUUUCGAGGUCAGAGAUCAGAAUGGCAACAAUGCCUUAGUGGUGUUACUGGAAAUGGAGCCACUACGGAAUGAUUCAUUUGCCUUUGGUAUUGGGGUUGGUGUUAUCCUCGCUGCCCUUUCCUGCUGUGCUUGCGUGAGGUGCUGCUGCUGUGGAAAGCGCUCCUCCAAAAAGGACAGAUCUGAGACUGCUAAUGCUGAACCUGCUAUGCCUUCCCCAGAGUAUUACAAUCAGCCUGUCGGACCGAGUCAAGACUACCUCAGUCAGCCCUCUGGGACACACUACUCCGCUCAGCCUUCUUUUACUCCAACCGGGCCUCUGAUACACAAUCCUCCUACUGUGAAAAUGCCACCAGCUUAUUCUGAGUUACAUCCUGCUGCCCAUAGCAGUCUGCGCACGCACACACUUGAUAACUUGAUAACAGUUUCACCUCUAGCGGAGCAGCCGCGGUUUGAACUAAAGGGGAUGACCUUUGCCUCCCCACUUAGUUCAGACUCAACCUACUGUGACACUUAUAACUCUGACAAACUCAACUUCCUCUGAAAGUCUUGAUUGUAACAGCCUACCUCAAAUUUGUCAACUCAUUCAUUAGUGUGACAUUAAAGAAAUAGUUCAACAUCUUGGGAAAUAUGCGUUCACCAGUGUUGUUUUGACACAUAUUUAAUGAACAAAGAAUAACAUGUUAAUUAGUGAGCUGUAGAGUUGCUGGUAGAUUAAUUUAGUCAUCUCUGUACAGGGACAGGUCAACUUUUCCUGCUGUUUCUUGUGUUUAUGCUAAGUUAAGCUAAUCAGCCUGAGCAUGAGAUGUUAUACCCAAGGAUGUCAGUUUCAAAGCCAUAGGUGAAAGGGAAGUUUUCAAUAAAAAGCAGUUACUCUAAA